AUGCCGCUAAAUAUAACCACAGUUCCAACAUAUUUACCAUACGUGAUGUUAGACGGGGAGGUUAUUGUUUAUCCAGAUAAGGAACCUGAAUCAGUGGCAGAUGGUAUUGAAAUACUUGUAUUUCGUGAAUUUUGUCGUCGGUAUAAUAUGACAUUGAAUAUAUCCAUUGUAGACGAUGGUUGGGGAGAUGUUUAUCCGAAUCGGUCAGCGACUGGACUGUAUGCAGGAAUUAUGACCGAUAGAUUAGAUUGCAGCUGUGGUAAAGACAUAUUAAUUCGUGUUACUGAAACUAUUUAUAAUGAAGAAAAAACAACCGUUGAUCAAGAAAUUGUCUUUAAAAAACGAACAUUAUUUGAACAAGUUAAGUCAAAAAUUAAACCAGUAUUUGAUGAUCUCAGCGAAUCAUUCUACAUUAUUUAUGGCAUGAGCGUUUUACAACCUCUUCCAGAAUCAGCUGAAUAUUUUAAUGGAGCUUUUCGUAAUUUACUAACAUGGAUUUUAUUACAAACAUUACUAAUUUCCACCGCGUAUGUUAGUGGUUUAUCAUCAAUUAUGACAUUACCUCAGUACGAUGCACCUAUUAAAACGCGACAAGACUUAAUUGAUAGCAAAAUUGAAUGGGGUGCAGACGAUCUUUCAUGGGUAAUUACCCUUGAAGAAUCAAAUCAACCCAAAAUAAUUGAAAUGCUGAAAACAUUUAGACUUUAUACGAAUGAACAAUUAACAAGCCCUGAUAAUAAAAACUUUGGUUUUAUGAUCGAAGAACUAGUCGGAGGUACUUUCUCAAUUCCCGAAUAUGCAACUGAUGAAGUCAUCCUUAGAUCACAAUUUAUGGUUGAAGAAAUAUAUUUUGAAGGUGUUCGAGCAGUGUGUCGUAAAAGCUCGCCAUUUUUACCAUCUUACAAUAAAUUAGUUACGAACUUAAUAGAAUCUGGAAUUUUAUUUGCUAUUCAAGAACAGGUUUCUUUAAAGUAUUUAAAAUUUUCAACGCAAUUACAUCUACAAAUAACAGGACGUGGAAACACCGGUGAAAACCAAGAACCAGUGGUGCUGAGUUUUUAUGAUUUAGAAGGAGUCUUUGCAAUUUGGUGUAUUGGUAUUUUAAUAUCAUGUAUCUGCUUUGGAUUUGAAAAGUUUACUGAUAUUAAACGAAAAUUAAAAUAUUAUUAA